AUGAUGGACAGGCAGAGCCCUGAAAAGACAGAGGGAGGAGGAGAGAGUGAGACCAAUGGGACUGCUGCUACUGUCACUGUCACCUCUAACACCAAAGCAGUUACAACAGUUGCCAACAACAACGUCGCCGCUUCAGUGGUCAUCGCCAUGACGACAACAGACAGCACCACGCCCACAAGCAGUCAGGCCCCACCCACUUCUCUUGGCACCGCCCCUACAGAGAGCCAGGCGGUUCAGGUGAUCCAGCAGGCCAUCCACAGCAGGCCCCAGACCAUGGCAGCUCAGUACCUGCAGCAGAUGUACGCGGCCCAGCAGCAACACAUCAUCCUGCAGACAGCUGCGCUGCAGCAGCAACAGCCUUACAGUAGCAGACAGUCCCCCUCCUUACCCUCUGCUGCCAACAGCACGCACUCUGGUAUCAAGACUACCAAGACUACCAAUGCCUAGUAAGACCACUGCAAUUCUGUCUGUCUCCAGAUCACCCUCCCAGCCUCUCCAGUAACAGGCCAGCUGAUUGGUCAUUCUCAGAGUUCCAGCUCCACCACAGGCACUAUUACCCAGCAGGCCAUGCUCCUGGGGAAUUGCUCUGCUUCCUGUAACCAAGCCCAGAUGUACCUUCGCACCCAGAUGUUGAUUCUGACCCCUGCGGCCACGGUGGCAGCAGUCCAGUCGGACCUGCCUUCUGUCUGCUGCAGCUCCUCUCAACUCUCCACUUCACAGGUCAGCAACCGACACCAGGGGCAAAGGUCAAAGGUACACAGCCUCGCUGUGCAGGCCCAUCUCCCAGGGGCUUUGGCCCCUGCCCAGAGUGUCCUGUUGAAGCCAUUCUCCACCCAGCCCCAGACGCUGGUCUCCUCUCUGCCCAAGAUGUCCAUCUGUCCCCUGAGGUCCAGUCAGCAGUCUGACCCCUCCACAGAAGCCUCUGGAGCUAAGCCUCGGCUGGCUGACAUCACCAGGCUAACAUCAGCAAACCAGCUUAUCGCGCCUGCGUCGUACACUCCUGUCCAGUCCCAUGCUGUGGUCAGGCACCAGCUGCACUGUCCUCCGAGCCAUAAGGGGGCACCCCACCAGCUCAUCAUCCAGCAGACCACAGCAGGAUCCCACCGGCAGCUGCACCCUAUCGCACUGCGCCUCGCACCCCAAGACACUUCCCCCUCUCUCUUCCCUCUUACCCUCCAGCCCCUGGCCACUCCCACCCACACCACCACCACUGUCCAAUCCCAGCCUGGGGAUGGCCUUCCAGUCCUCUCCUCUUCCUGUGAGCUGCCCACCCCACCCCCUCCCCAGCAGACAGUGGUAGUAUCCUCAUCAUUAGCCCCUCCACCUCUUCUGUGUCCCAGCCUGCUCCAGCCCCAGCUCCACCGCCAGCCCAAGCCCCCUACCCUGCGUCUUGGCCCCAUCUCCCAGGCCUCUCUCCCCAGGCUGCUCCAGUCUCCACCGGCCUCCCUCCAGAGGUUGUCCCUGCGCUCAGUCCAGGCCCUGGCAGUGCAGUCCACUGGGGUUCAGGUGUCGGAGGAGAUGCCUGUGGCAGAGGCUCCGGUCCAGAUGCCUUUUCAGAACCAUCACCCCCCCCAAACGUUCCAGAAUCUAUCCCAGACGUUCCAUAAUUUCUCCCCACCCCAGACUGUAGCUGUGGACCUGAAGAUGCUUCCAGCCACCGUACGCACCCAGACCCCAGAGAGUAGAGAGGAGAUGAGAGAGGAGAGGACGACCCCUCCACCCACACUCUCUCCAGCGGCUGGUUCAGACAGACUCUGUAAAGACAUACAGCUCGCCUAUACAGAGAACUGCACAGGCAGGUUGGAUUUCCCCUGCGUCCCUCCGUCCAGCUGCUCCGUUACCCACUCGUCUCAAGACCCCUCCUCUUACACCAGCUGCUCCCCUCCUCCACUCCUGCCCUCGGCCGCGGUAAGAAGCCCCGGCCAAUCCCCCUCAGCCUCAGCCACCCUACCAGGGAGCCCUGAGAGAGCUAGACCUCUCAUCCUCACACACAUCAUAGAGGGGUUCGUCGUCAGAGAGGCCCUGCAGCCGUUCCCUCCGAUGGGCCGUUCCUCUUUGGGGGCGGACCAGCAGGCCACGCUUCCUGAAGCCCGGGAGGUGAGAACCAAUGGGGAUCCAACACCUGAGAUGAGAACCAAUAAGGAUUCAGCUCCAGAAUUGAGAACCAAUGGGGAUCGAGUGUCUGAGAUGAGAACCAAUGGGGAUCGAGUGCCAGAGGAGAGCCUGAUGGAUGCUGAGCAGCCAGACAAUGACUCAGACAUGGAUGAUACCCCCACCCAGGACGAACCUGCUGCUGAGAGCCUGGUAGACGUGCUGCAGUGUGAGUUCUGUGGGAAGAGAGGCUACGUUCACACCUUCCUCCGAUCCAAACGAUUCUGCUCCAUGACCUGUGUCAAGAGGUUCAAUGUGAGCUGUACAAAGCGUCUGAGCGUGUUGAAGGUGGACAAGGCCAGUCGUUGGGGCCACAGGCCGAUGGGCCGUAGAGGACGUCCCUCGGGGAGGGUCAACGGGGGCACCAGAGAACACUUCCUCCUCAGACAGGUGCAGGGGCCGUACGGCUCUGAGGAGACCCAGAGAACAUUGAGGGGAGAAGGGGAAGAGGAGGCUGAGGAUGAGCCCCCUGUCCCUAUGAUCACCAGGCUGCGCCGGCAGGAAGAGAGGGAGAGGGUACAGGAGAGAGAGAGGGAGCAGGGAAGACAGAGGAAAGACACAUUCAUAUCCUCUGGUGAACAGACCACAGGAGGACGAGAAUGUAGUGACAAUCCAACACAGUGGAGCGUGGGUCAAGUCUGCUCCUACAUUAACUCUCUACCAGGUGGGCGGGACAUAUCAGAGGAGUUCCGUUCCCACGAGAUUGACGGCCAAGCCCUCCUAUUGCUGACAGAGGACCACCUGAUGACAGCGAUGAACAUCAAACUAGGACCCGCCCUCAAACUCUGUGCCCACAUCAACUCUCUGAAGGGACCAUGA